AUGCUGACCCUGUGGGCCUUGGCCAUCAUGCUAGCUGUCCAGGCAGGAGCGCUUGACCUAUCGACCUCACCUUUACCGCUGGGAGCCCUUCCUGACAAAAUAACCUCUGGGCUCCCCAUUCAUUUCCCGAUCAGUGUGCCUGACCUACAAGUCCCCAGAAUUUCCUCAAUCAGAAAAGGCUCUCCACCUCCCAGACGUGCAGCUAGGACCUCAGGAGGCAGAUGUUCACCCGUGGCCAAAUACCUUGUGUCUAGCAGCAAACUCAAUGACUAUCUGAAUGCCACCCUGGUCCCAAAGAUAGAGAACAUGCUGAGGUGCGAGGAGAUAAACCUGGCUGGUGUGUUGGGAGAAGUGAUAUCCACAGUGUCCAACUCUGACCUGCUGUCUGUGUUAGGUCUUACUUCAUCCCUCGAUAUCCUUGGAGGUGGUGGCCUCGGUGGUAUCCUGGGCAAGGGGACUGCACCCCUCAAUAUCCUUGGAGGUGGUGGCCUCGGUGGUAUUCUGGGAAAGGGGGGCAGCAACAAGUCCCCAAAGCACCAGCAGUCAUUGCUCUCAGAAGCCACUGGUGCUGUCAGUGACCUCGGCCGGGAUGCUCUGGGCAGCCUACCACUCCUUGGUGGAAGGAAUGCUGUCAAAGAACUCGUCAGCAGCACUGGUCUCUUGACUGGCGACAAACUCGAAGAAACCACCGAGGGCAUCCUGAACAGUGUGUUGCCAAAAGACGUCAACAGUGCACUCACAGGCCUGCUGGAAAAUAUCGACUUGGCAGACCUCCUGUUAGGAUUAGAGGUUGAAAAAGUGACUGUGGAGAACAUGACGUCAACCAUGACAGGCAAUGGGAUCCUUGUCCACACCGUGACUACUGCCUUCAUAGGUGGAAACGGCCUAGCAGGACCUGUAGUCAGCAUACUGGGAUUUCAAGUGCAUGCAGAUGUAACUCUGCAAAUUGGAAUUUCCACCAACACCACGCAAUGUGUCAACCUCCUAGUCCAGGGGAAGAACAUAGAAGUCAAGAAAGUCAACAUGCAGAUAGUGGAGGAGGUCACAGGUAUUUUGCCCCUGCUUCGGCCUCUGCCCUUGGAAGAUACCAUUUCUCAAUUGUUGACAGUAACUAUGAACGACAAGAUUGAAGAAUCAAAAUCGUGUGGCACUGAGCUCAGUGAGGUCUAUGAAUGCAAGAACUCUACUGGCUUGUUCAACUACCAAGUUAAAGGUUCCAGGAUUUCUGAAGAAGGUCUUUCGAUCCUCUACUGUGUAAGUGCCUACUUUAACCAAAAUAAAUCCCCUGUGCUUGGAAGGCACCUUCCUCCAGAUCCUAAAAACGUCAACACUGCCGUGAUUUUGUCCCAAAUGAUGCUCAGGGAGAUCAUCACUAAAAGUGCCAAGGAGAGCUCUGUCAAGAUAAACAACCUGGACGCAGCGAUCACCAAAGUGGUUUACACCCACCUGCCGAACAACAAAAUCAACGCCACCUACUGGGUCACUGUAGCAAGGAAUGGUGAGAAGAUAGCCACUGGGCAGACGAAUGUCAUCAUCUCCCAUGCAAGUGAGAUUUCAAACAACAAAAUCAAAACAAUCAUCAAGAUUGAGAGGGCUGUAUACAGCAUGACACCCCCUGAGGCUGAGGAUGAAGGAAGAGAUGUGCUACCUGGAGUUCUGAAGAGAUUUCUACCUGCUGUUAUCGGAAAUGUAAAUCAAUGGAAUAUUCCACUAGGAGUAAUCCCAAAUUCUCUAAACAGUGCCAAGCUUCAAGUGCUUAACUCGAAUGAUUUUCAAGCUGCAAACUAA